GCAGUUCGAGCGGAAGUGGCGUCCCCGGACGCUUUAGGGAAGGUAGCCGCGGAAUACACUGAAACCCGGGCCGUUGGUGGACCUCGUAGGCCUCCCUAGGCCGCCAUGAACCGGCUCCAGGAUGACUACGAUCCCUACGCGGUGGAAGAGCCGAGUGACGAGGAGCCGGCUCUGAGCAGUUCUGAAGAUGAAGUCGAUGUGCUUUUACAUGGAACUCCUGACCAAAAACGAAAACUCAUCAGGGAAUGUCUUACUGGAGAAAGUGAAUCAUCUAGUGAAGAUGAAUUUGAGAAAGAAAUGGAAGCUGAAUUAAACUCCACCAUGAAAACAAUGGAGGAUAAGUUAUCCUCUAUGGGGACAGGGUCUUCCUCGGGAGUUGGGCGUGUUGGAGCAGUCACAGCAAAGUACUAUGAUGACAUUUAUUUUGAUUCCGAUUCUGAGGAUGAAGACAAAGCCACACAAGUGACCAAGAAGAAGAAACAGCGCAGGAUCCCAACAAAUGAUGAGUUACUAUAUGAUCCUGAGAAAGACAGCAGAGACCAAGCCUGGGUUGAUGCACAGAGAAGGGGUUAUCAUGCCUACGGACUGCAGAGACCACAUCAGAAGCAGCAGCCUGUUCCUAACAGUGACGCCGUUCUGAAUUGCCCUGCCUGCAUGACCACCCUGUGCCUUGACUGCCAGAGGCAUGAAUCCUACAAGACUCAGUACAGAGCAAUGUUCGUGAUGAAUUGUUCUGUCAACAGAGAGGAGGUUCUAAGAUACAAGAACCCAGUAAACAGGAAGAAAAAGCGGGGCGCUAAGAAGAUGAGGUCGAACCCUGAAGGUCCUGUGGAGACAGACGCGGAGGAAGUCUAUCACCCUGUCAUGUGCACAGAGUGUUCUACUGAAGUGGCAGUCUAUGACAAGGAUGAAGUCUUCCACUUUUUCAAUGUGUUAGCAAGCCAUUCUUGAGGAGCGACAGGUAACUGACUCGGCAGCACUGUGUGAAGCACACAUGGACUCUUUCCUCUUUCCUGUCGUGUCACUCAGUGACAUUGGGUUAUUAAAGCAGUGUUUCAUCGUUAUGAAAGAAUGGCCUUCAACCUUUAUCUCUUCUCCCUUUUUCUUUUUAAUUUUCCCAUGAGUAAUGACGGACUGAUUAUUCUUUUCAUUUUUGGUGCAUCUUUGGAGACUUUGGGGCUUCUUAUUUAUUAGAUUAGCUUUUGAGAAUUAAAUAAUUCUGGAAUAAGUA